AUGGGGCUGCGCUGUGACCACCGGGUGACACAGCAGGGCCUGCUGGGCACGGCGGCCGGGGUCCUGCUCAGCAUCAUCCUCCUGGGCGCCGUCCUCGCCGCCGUCGCCGUCCGCCGGUUCAAGGCACUGCUGCUGGAGGCCAGGGCCGACCAGACCCGCAGCAGCUACCGGCGCUUCUGCCGCCUGGACGACGUCUCGGCCCGGUACUGGUCGCGCUCGGGGCCGCCCUCGGCCAGCUCGCUGGACAACCCGGCCUUCAGCAACUCGGAGGAGCUGCUGCAGCUGCAGGUGCUGGGCGGCUGCCGGGGGGACUCGGCCCUCGCCGGCGGUGCCAAGCGGGGCCCGGCACCCUGCGCCCACCCCCAGUGCCAGCCCAGUUUCCAUUACGAGUGGGACACCAGCUCCAGCAGCAUCAACGACCCCAUGGUGGACUCGGGGAAAGCCAGCGACAUCUCGGUGUCGAGCUGGCCCGCGGAGCCCAUCCAGUGGGCCCCCUUCCCUCUGCAGCAGCUUUCCCGGCAGCGGCCGCACAAGGCCCGCUGGCCGCAGUCGUUCUGCGAGGGGCUGGAGCUGGGCACGCUGGAGCGGAGCUGGACGGCCUGAGGCCACGGACACAGACGGACGCGAGGGUCAGCUUUAAAACCAACCACAUUUUAUUUCCACGUAACGAGCUCAGUGAAGGACUCCACAAAUUGGACGAUACAAUCAAGGCGGGUGUGAUGUCGGUGAUGUCCCUGCCCCGCUUCCUCGCCAGCUCUGGCUGGGACCGGGCACUCCAGAGCAGGAUACAGAGAGGUGUCAGGACACACAGUGCUGGCAUCCACCAGGUCACGACUUCUGGGGGCAGUCUGGGCAGAAAGGCUGGCGCUUCUGGAGGGCACAUCGUGCUCGGGCCGCAGCGACUCGGCCACGCCGCAGGGAGACAGACACACGAAAGCGCUGCUGCGUCAUUCAUCAUGAUUCAUGUCAAUGAGGUAUAAACACCAGGAUGUCGUAAGCAUUAAAGUUUAUUUUCCAAAA